AUGUCGCCUCCCGCUCGGCGAGUGAACCGAGCAACUGCCGUAGCACACCUCCUGUUCGUCCUAGCAACAGCCCCACAGAAGCGCCAGCUUCGUCCCUUGGUGUGCUCCAGCUGCCGUAGCUACGCGUCGAUAUCCUCUCCGCACCCAAGUAGAGCACGAGCCGCCACUUUCAGGAAGCCAGCGUUGGGGUCUUAUUUAGCAGAUCACUUGCAAGCGUCUCGCAACGGCGGCCCAUAUCGGAGUUCCAGCUCUCAUAGUGCGCAUAGGUUGAAGAAGGAGGAUCUCGAGGAAACGCGGAAGGGAGAGGGCAGGUCGGAGAAAAGCACAGAGACCAGUGGCGAUGCCACUCUGGAACCGUCGGCGGCGGAUACAAUUCUUGCAGCCGACUCACGCACGCAACCGGAAACACACGAUACGCCCAAUGAAGUAGAAGGGAAGGCUAAGAGUAGCAGAGGGCAGCGGCCAGCAAAACCGCCUGUAUCGAAGAAGGAUAGAACGACGCCAUCAUCGGCUAUCAAAUCCGAGGCUGGCAGUCCUCCGCCUGUCGAGAGUACACCUAAGGUCGAAUUGUCGGAAACAAAUAGCGUCCCGAGUGAAAGCGAGCAACCGGUGCCAAUAAUAGCUGAUACAGAACCAACAGCUAUCAUUCAAUCGAUAAAAGGAAUGAAGACGUUGGCAACCGGCCCUGGCCAGUCUGAAUCCCGGAGACCCUGGAAAAAGCUGUACGUGGAUAUCCUGAAUUACUCCACCAAUGUCUUCUUCUUCACGGGCAUACCCCACUGGGCAUGGCAGCGCGGCGUCGAACGCGUCGGUAUCUUUGUAAAAGCCUGCCAUAUCGGGCACUGGGACCCCGUGGUGUUUAUCGACGGCACCCCGCAGACUGCCGAGGCUGACGCCAAAUGGCGCAAUCGCCGCACCGUGGAGAUCACACAAGAGCGCCGCAAUAUCCCACAAGGCCUGUCCGUCAUCCUCGGCGAGGCGUUUAAAAAGCAUGGCGUCGACGUGAUCUACUCCUACGGCGCCGACAACGACGACACCCUCGCCGCCUUCGCCAAACGCGACAAAGCCAUCCUCGUCAGCAACGACGGCGAUUUCUGGCGCUACACCCGCCGCAACUACACCAUCCGCAAAAACCUCCGCCUCGAAGUCCCGCACCCAAACAGCAGAGCCUUACCGCGAAUCACAAUGGACGACUCGAAAGCGGUUAAAUUCAAACGACGCCCGACCCCGCGCGAGAUCCUCGACCCCGUCCCCGAGAUCCGCCGCGUCUCGCCGACCCUCACCGAGAUGCGCGGCGGGAUCUACCGUCGCGGGGCACCCUCCGCCCUUGUUCGCAAGCUGGGGAACCCGCAUAUCGCACUGCGCCCGCUGCGGCAGGCCCUCUACCACCGUUUGGGCUUCACGCACCCCGUUAAAGAGAUCUUCCCGAUCUGGGACACCCACACGGAGCGCGUCGAGUGGCCCGAAGCGCAGGUGUACGCCGACCCAAACCCGAAAUGGGACGCACUCCUCGAUGACCACAUCGCUGCGUUCGAGACCCUGUUCCCGGACGAGAAACGGCAGAUGGACCCGCCGUACGACGACAUUUCCCCGCGCGACUGGCACAACCACCUCUUUGCCUUGUGGUCGCUUGUCUGUGAAGUUUGUGCGCUUGGGCAGAGCGCGAAGGGUGGGAAACAGGUUUUGUUGAUUGAUUUGCUGGAGUCUGCUACGGAGGAGUAUGAGCGGGAGAGAAAGAGGAGGGGGUUGCGCACGAUCGGGGACGAAGUGAAUGGGAAUGCGGAGGGAGAGGCUCAACGAAGGAGACCUGGUGCGGGGCGGGAUGGCGGGUAUAAUGAUCGUCCUGGUCGGCGUGAGGAGGAUGGUCGGGAUUACCGGAAUGGUGCGGAUAGAAGGAUGGCAUUGGACAGAGAUGCUCGUGUGGACAGCAGGGAUGGCCGCCGCCCGAGCAGCGGCAAAUCUGACGGCCCCUUAAACCGCGCCAUCCCCUCCCCACGCUCAAACAACCGCCGAGACGACCCAUCCUCAUCGCGACCAUCCCACUACGACCCUCCCCGCCCCUACAACGACACCUACCCCACAAACAUCUCCUCCUCCCCCUGGCCCGACGCCCGCCCCUUCACCCUCCCACCCCCGCCCCCUCCCCCCUCUGAACCCCCCUCAGACGCCCCCAAACGAAAACCCAAACCCGACUGGUACUUCACCCCCGACCGGCGCGCCCUCCAAGGCCCGUACACAUGCACGCGGUGCAAGCAAAGCUUCACGGCGGGGGAGGAGUGCUGGGAGGCAGUCGGCGGAUUAGUGCGGGUUGGGAAUGGAAUGUGCAUUGGCGCGGAGUGGGUUACAUGCGUGGCGGAGUCCCGCUCUGCUGAACGUACGCAGCGUGCAAACAUAUUUCACCGUUGGGACCCAUUGCUGCCCAAAAUGUUUGCGAAGUGCGAAUGGGCCCAUGCUUCUAUGAAAAGUCGAAGCAAAGGAUAUGAAGAAGGCCAAAUUGAUGAAUGUUCACAAGCUCUGAAUGCACAUCACACACCGAAACGAAUCGAAAGUUCGAAAGCCAGAAUGUGGGAGGUGCAGACGCGUCGCCGUCAACAACGAAUCGGAUCUCAGCAGACACUCAAUAGUAGGGAAAGUACCUCAGCUCCUUCCGAAUACCAAUCUGUACCUGUCGCCAUGCAUCGUUUUCAAAUCGUCGAGCUACUGGACUCCAUGGGAAUGAUGAAAGCACUCCACGUCGCUGAUCUUCAGGGCACCGAGACCAGAUCCGGAACGAUCGAGAUGUUCUCCGACAAGGCGAUACUCUACUGUACCAUCGUCUUCGACCCACUAAAAGUCAAGCCAUGGGCCAUUUCUGUACUGCUCCUUAUCCCUUCGCCGAAAAAUUUUGGGACCGACGAACCCAAAUAG